AUGACACCGGCAUCCCCACAUCCAAGCCCAGGCGGCGGCUCGUCCUCCCAACAGCUCCCACCACGGCAGCGACAACGCGAACGCGCCAUGACCAGCUCGUACACCCCACGCAGCCCCGCCGCCUCGCCCUCGCCCUCGCCCACAGAGGGGCUGUCACGUCGACAGAGCUGGAACUCGUCGACAGCCGAGGCGAUCGGCAUGCGCGACCUGUCCCAGUCGGUCGCCGUGCAUCGGACAGCAAGCAUUGGCCCCGGCGACGACGGGAGCAGCACUUCUGGCGGAGGUACGCACGGGUUCGUCGGAGACAGAGACAGAGACAGUCACCAUGCGGGGUCCGUUGGGAUGGGUCUGCCGAGUCUCUUUGACAGCACUCUCUCCCGCCCCAGUCUCGAGUAUGCCGCGACGGUCCAUUCCGAGGAACUCGACAGGUUGACACCCAACGCUCCAGACAGGACACAUGGGCGCUCCCCCAGCCGAAGAGUGUUCGAUGCCGACGGCCGUCCGCGUGCGUCCCCCUUGGGCAUGAUUGCACGCUCGCCCACCGUCCGCCGCGUGUCUGCCAGCCUGCGGACCGCGAGCGAACGCGUCGUCAACAUUAUGGGCUCGGAGAAGAGCGCCUACGAGGGCCUGCGCAUGCGCGACGAGGACAGCUCGAACAGCUCGCCAAGCUCCAUGUACCCACCGCAACCACCACCGCCGCCGCAGCCGCCACAGCUGUAUACACCUAGCAUGGACGACGACUCUGACAGUCCGCUUCCGCCGCCCAGACCGUAUGCGGCACCGCCAACGGCGACGCUGCGUGGUCGCACGCUCGGUUUCUUCACGGCAAGAAACCCAGUGCGCGUCUUCCUCGACAAGAUUCUCCGGUUCCCGUUGACAGAACCCAUCAUUCUCCUCCUUAUCAUUCUCAACGCCCUCACCCUCACCAUCCAAUCUGCGCCAGAACUGAACGAGCCCAAAACGGCCGACGGCUACUUUCAGUCGUGGGCAGACUAUGUUCUCUUUGUGCUCUUCAUUAUAUUUACCGUUGAAAUGUUUGCGCGCAUCAUUGUCACGGGCCUCAUCAUCGACCCGGAAACGUCACUGCGGGAAUGGUUCUCGGGCCUGUGGGCCGUGGCCGGACGGCGAGCGCGCGCCGAGGAUGGGCUGGGCGACGACGAAAUGCCCUCCGAGGUGUGGCGGCAGCGCCAAAAGUCGCUGGCGGUCGUCCAGCUCAAGGCCCAGGCUGCCAAGAAGCCGUCCGUGACAACCGAGGCGCCGUUCCAGGAAGCCGUUGCGCGCCAGCACGGCAUCCUCGUCGAGGGCCGGCCGUACCUCCGCCACUCGUGGCACCGUCUCGACAUGCUCGCCAUCAUCUUCUUCUGGAUCAUGUUUAUCGUUUGCGUCAUGGGCGAGGAGAUCACCGACGUCCGCCACCUGUACGUCUUCCGCGCACUCAGCGUGCUCCGUGCCACUCGCCUGUUGGUCAUUACCUCGGGUACCGCGACCAUCCUGCACUCGCUCAAGCGCGCGGCGCCGUUGCUCCUCAACGUCUCGGUGUUUGUCGUGUUUGCCGGUGCGCUCUUCUCCAUCAUUGGCGUCCAGAGUUUCCGUGGGUCCCUGCGACGGACAUGUAUCCUCAUGGACCCCUUCAACAACUCGUUUGAAAAUAACUUGGGCAACACGUGUGGAGGCUGGGUCGACGUCGAGACCAUGCAGAUCAUGCCCUUUCUCAACGAGGACGGCAGCCUGUCGACCAUCAAGCCCAAGGGCUACGUCUGUCCCGCCAACCAGCAGUGCCAGACCACGGACCAAAACCAGCAGAACAACGCCGAGGGGUUUGACAACAUCUUCAUGUCCCUCGUCCAGGUGCUCAUCAUUGCCGGCGUCAACACGUGGACAGGCACAAUGUACGCGUGCAUGGACUCUGAUUUCUUCACGUCGACAUUCUUCUUCAUUGCCGCCAUCAUUGUCCUCAAUUUCUGGCUCAUGAACUUGAUCGUCGCCGUCGUCGUCAACACGUUCAAGGACAUUCGGUCGCGCACAAAGCUGUCGGCGUUCGGUGCCGACCAGGCCAUCAUCAGCGAGCCGCAGUGGGCCGCCGAGACGAAAAAACCGCGCGAGAUCUCGCUCCUGCUGAAAUGGUACAACAAGACGCAAAUCUUCUGGGUCCUGCUCGUCAUUGUCGACCUCAUCGCACAGGCAUUCAAGACGGCCAACAGCUCGGAAUCCGAGCUCCAGCUGCUGCGUAACAUGGAAAUCGGGUUUGCCCUCGUGUGGGACAUUGAGAUGCUCAUCCGCAUGGCUGGGUACUUUCCCGACACGCCGCCGUACAGUCCCGACUGGCGCGCGUUCUUGCGCUCGGGCAGAAACGACUUUGACCUGUUCCUCGCCGUCGGCUGCUCGAUCAUCCAGAUCCCCAAAAUUCGCAGCUCGGGCGUGUACAGCUGGCUCACGAUUUUCCAGCUCCUGCGCUGGUACCGUGUCAUCCUUGCCGUUCCGCGCAUGCGGCCACUCUUGGCAAACGUGUUCGGUAGCUUUGCCGGUAUGCUCAACAUGGUCUUGUUCCUGUUCUUGAUGAACUUUCUCAGUGGCCUGAUGGCUGUCCAGCUCAUGCGUGGAGACAUGGACGGCAGUGCCGACUCGGACAACAUGAUCACCUUCAACCAGAUCUACAACUCGUUCCUCGGCAUGUACCAGAUCUUCUCGACUGAAAAUUGGACGACCAUCCUGUACGACGCCAUGGGCGCCGAGUGGGACUGGGGCCAAGGAUGGGUCGUGUGUGUCUUCCUCUGCGUGUGGUUCUUGUUUGCAAACUUCAUUCUCAUGCAAAUGUUCAUUGCGGUGAUCAACGAGAACUUCGAGAUUGCCGAAGAACAAAAGCGCAAGGUCCAGAUCGAGGCGUUUAUUCGCAAGACGGAGCCGCAGUCGGCCCACGUCAACUUGAUGGAGCGGUUCAACCCAUACCGCCUGAUCAAGGCGCGUCACAAGGCCGUCAAGGUCGACGCGCUGCCGCCCAACCUCAUCCUCCCGCUCAAGCAGAGUAUCGGUGCCGACGUCGGUGCGCCCACCACCCAGGAAGAAGGGACAGGAGCGCGCGCAGCCAUGCGGCGCGUAUUUGGCAUGGAACAGCUCGAACACCUGCCCAUGCGCCAUCUCAUCCGCGACCGCAAGAGCAUGCCGCCCGUGCCCCGCCAGUCGACGCACAUGUCGGUCGCGGUCGACUAUGACGACGACUAUGACGACGACCGCGGCCUCACCGACCUCUUGCCGCCCAUCAACGCCGGCCCCUCUGUCGACGAGCACAUGGACGCGCUGCGCGAACGCCGCAACCAGCAGGCAGAUUUCAUCUCGGCGCACCCGAGCUACGACAAGAGUCUGUGGAUCUUUUCGCAGAGCAACCCCAUCCGCCAGUUCUGCCAGAUGCUCGUCCCGCCCGCGCACGGCGAGCGUAUCUUUGGCCGGCCGGCCCACCCGCUCUGGAGCCUCGUGGUCAAGGUUACAAUGUUCUUUGCCGUCGUCGGCGGUAUCGUGAUUGCGGCCAUUGCCACGCCGCAUUACCGCCGCAUCUACUACAGCACGUACGGAUACAACCGCGCAACGUGGUUUGACCUCUCGGAGAUGGCCCUGGGGACACUGUUCAUCGCCGAGGCGAUUGUCAAGAUCAUUGCCGACGGCUUCAUCUUUGCGCCCAACGCGUACCUCCUGUCUGUCUGGAACGUGGUCGACUUUAUCAUCCUGAUCACGCUCAUCAUCAACAUGGCCACCGAGUUUAUUGUCGUUGGAGGCGUCAGCCGCGCCACACGCGCGCUCAAGGCGUUCCGGGUCUUGCGCUUCAUCACCCUCUUCUCGCGUCUGCGCGAUACCUUCCACGCCGUCUUCUUCGCCGGCGCUAUCCGUAUCAUUGACGCCUCGAUCCUCAUGAUCCUCUACCUCAUCCCGUUCGCCGUGUGGGGUCUCAACAUCUUCUCGCGCCGCAUGACGAGCUGCAACGACACGUCGGGCGACGUCAGCGUCCGCACAGACUGCGUGGGCGAGUAUGGCUCUUCGUACAUUGGCGACAUUACGUUCCUCGCCCCGCGCGUGUGGGCCAACCCGCAGUUUGGCGGCAGCAUCUACUCGUUUGACUCGUUCCGCUCGUCCAUGCUGAUCCUGUUCGAGAUCGUCUCGCUCGAGGGAUGGACGACCGUCAUGCAGUCUGCGAUGGAUAUCGUCGGGUACGACCAGCAGCCCGUCAACAAUGCGCAGCAGUGGAACUCGAUCUUCUUUGUCAUUUUCAACCUGUUCGGCGCGGUCAUCAUCCUCACCGUGUUUCUGAGUAUUAUCAUUGAAAACUUCUCCAUCCGCUCGGGUUCCGCGCUCUUGACCACGGACCAGAAAUCAUGGGUCGACCUGAGCAAGUUUAUUCGCCAGCAGACGCCCAGCCAGCUGCCCCGCCGCAGGCCGUCGACGCCCCUCCGCGGGUGGUGCUAUGACCGCGCUGUUCAAAAACGCGGCUGGUGGGCCAGGACGUUUACGGUGCUCUACUUUGUCCACAUCUUCCUGUUGAUGACGGAAGACUACUCGAACAACAUCAUGAGCGAUGUCCAGCUCGACUGGACGUUCCUGGCCCUCACGAUCCUGUACGCCAUCGACCUUGUCGUCCGCUUUGUCGGCCUGGGCUUCCACUCGUUCCGCUCCAACGGCUGGAACCUGUUUGACAUUGUCGUCAUCACUGGCUGCUUCGCGACCACCAUCCCGGCCCUGCAGGCCAGCAUCGGCGGCGUGGAGGGAAACCAGGCCAGCAAGCAGGUCCAAAAGCUCUUCCUGGUCUCCGUCGCGCUCAAGCUCGUGCAACGCCUCGAUUCGCUCAACCAGCUGUUCAAGACUUCCAUCGCGUCCCUGCCCGCCAUCGGAAACCUCUUCCUCCUCUGGGCCGUGCUCUUCAUCUUCAUGUGCAUCGUCUACGUCGAGGUGUUUGGCCUCACCAAGCUGGGGCCAAACGCAUACACCCGCUUCCAGAACUAUCACAACUUCGCAAACGCGCUCGUCAUGCUCGCGUUCAUGUCCACCGGCGAGGGAUGGAACGGCUACAUGCACGAUUACACGAUCGAGUUUCCUAGGUGCACCCGCAGCAGCAACUAUCUCAACGACGACUGCGGUAGUGUUGGCUGGGCAUACGUCCUGUUCAGUUUCUGGAACAUUCUCAGCAUGUACAUCUUCCUCAACAUGUUUACAGGUGUUGUCGUCCAGUCAUUCGCAUACGUCUAUCAGAUGCCCGGUGGCGCGUCACUUAGUCGCGAGCAGAUCCGCUCCUUCAAGCGCGUGUGGGCCGAGAUCGAUACCGAACGAACGGGUUAUAUCCGGCGCAAGGACCUGGUCCGGUUCUUCUCCAAGCUCAACGGUGUCUUCGAGGUCCGCCUGUACCCCGUCGAACUCAGCAUUCCCAACAUGCUGCGCAACUCACAGCCUGACGCCGACUCGCCUGUCAAGCGCGUCGUCAUUGGCGAGCACUACUCGGUUGACGUGCGCAAGCUCCAGCAGCAGAUCGCGCAGAUCGACUACACCAAGGUCCGCCAGCGCAGGCGGCAGUACGUCCACCUGUUCUACGAGGCCAAGAUCUCCGACGAGCCCGGUCGCGGUAUCAGCUUUGCGCAGAUGCUCACCAUGCUCGCGCACUACAAGCUCAUCGACGACGAAAAGGCGCUCCAGGUAGACGACCUGCUCAUGCGCCGAGCCAAGAUGGAGCGCGUCGAGGACCUCGUCAACCUCGACCGCGUGCGUGGAUUGCUCCGCACCAUAUACUGGCGCAGGCGGUUCCUCGCCGAACGCGACCAGCGCAGGAUCCUCGCUCAGGGCGAUAACAUUCCCGCCAUCAUCCUCGAGCCCAUCCCGCCCUCGCCGGACAAAAUGGCCCAGGACGAGCCCCUCGACUCUCCCAUGUCCACGACCCCACUGUACCCUAUCCCUCCAGCCUCGCCCCACCACCACUCUCGGCACGCCAGCGCGCCCAACACCCCACACGGCAACGGCACGCCGCCACACUUCUCCAACACCAACGCCAACCGCCAACAUCACCAAUCUCCAUCACUUGCAAUCGUCACAAACGUCCAGCCACCCACGCCCACGUCCCCCUUCCCCGCGUUCGGUUACUCGCCCACCAACACCCCCGGCCAGUCCCCUACCACGGCCUACCCGCCUCGCGGGCCAUACUCACCCUUGUCCCCCGGCGGCGGGACCUACUCGCCCACGUUCAACCAGUCGACCGCGACGUUUGUCACCGCCCUCAGCGCCGGGAGCAUGGGCCAUCAGACGGAGAUUGUGCGCCGCAUGUCGCACGACUCGCGGUUCAGCUACGACGCAGGCGACACGACGCGCGAGUCCAUCUUUGAGGAGCCGGAUCCGGACGAGAUGGUGCAUUCCCUCGCGACGAGCGCGUGGGCAGAUAUGAUGCGCGAGGCAGUCGAGGACGAAGAUACCUAG